GGAAACCUUCAGUGAUAGCCUACCUGACUGCUUGCGCGCGCCCAGAAGAAAUGUUUACCAUGAAACCGACCUGGGAUAAUAGGACCUAAAUGUAUCGAGGUGUUUCGCACUGACCAGUUUUAUCUAAUAUUUACAUUCGGUGAAGUUACAUAGUUUUCUUUGGCACUGAACAUCGAUGCUGAGGAUCACAGGAGCGGCUGAAGACUGAAGCGACUGGCUUUUUCUUCAAACAAACGACCCCUUCCCGUUUGAUAUCUGUGAUUAUUCCAUCCAUUGCGCUUCCUCAAUACCAUACUUUGAAAGACAAUUCACCUGCCAUGGCUUGGAAAGUAGGACUCGUACUUCUUCUUUGCUGGGGUUUCAGCUCGUGCGAGCCCCCAUACGAGGAUGAUUCGCUGGAGCCUGAGGAGACAGCGCGCGCAGAAAUGCAGAGGGUCCCUCCGCAAACUUUGGAUUUCGGAUUCGUGCCCUCAGUGGUCUACGAGACACAUGCUUAUUACGAACCAGGAGCCAUUGGGGCACUGUUCCAUAUGGUGCAUGCUUUCCUCUAUGCGGUUCAGCCCAAUCCUUUCCCUAAAGAUCUCAUCAUUAAAGUGAUUCAGCAGAACAUGGGUGGAAUCAAGCUUGAGGAGUACAAGAAGCCGGAGAACGUUGUUCUAGCACUACAGGCCAUCUACUACGAGCUGGGCUUCCUAGUGCUGGGCGUGAUGGGGGUGCUGUUCGUGCUGUUCACGCCCCUGGUGGGCCUGUGCUUCUGCAUGUGCCGCUGCUGUGAUAACUGCGGAGGGGAGAUGCACCAGAGGCAGAGGAAGAACGCCGACUGCCAGCGCGGCUUCUACACCACCAUGCUCAUCGCCACCUCCGUCUUCCUCACUGGUGGAGUGCUGGUUGCAUAUUCAGCCAACCACAACCUGAGUUCCCACAUCAGAAGCACCAGGAGACUGGUCAACACCAACAUCAGAGACCUCAAGUCCUUCGCCAACACCACACCAACACAAAUAGACUUCCUGACAGCGCAGUACACCACAGCCAAAAACAAGGUCCUCUCCGACCUGGACAACAUUGGGACGUUACUUGGUGGACAGAUUCAAAGCCAGUUAGAGAAAGACGUUGUUCCCGCUCUGGAUAAUGCCCUACGCAUGACUGGAGUCAAAGUGGAGAGUGCUAUCAAAGCCAUGCGGGAGACCAAGGAGGCGCUGGAGAAUGUCAGCACGUCCCUGGAGACGCUGCAGGAGGCCACAGGGCGGCUGCAGAACAGCCUGCAGAGCGAGCGCACGUCCCUGAGCAACACGCUUAACGACCCGGCCUGCACCAACGGAGACGUCUCGCACACCUGCAACACCGUCAGGGGCACGCUCAGCCAGCUAGCCCUCAGUGCCAACUUUAACAGGCUCCCUGAUGUGAACCCCCAGCUGGCCAAUGUGGACGAUGUCCUUAAAACUGACCUCAGCAAUAUAGUCCAGAAGGGCUACUCAGCCUUCAACAACACACCUAAGCUGGUCACAGAGCAGACCCAAAAUGUAGUCUCAAAUCUGCCUCGGGUGAAAGGCAUGCUGGAUAAGGUCGGAGCAGAGGUCAUUGGCUUCACAAAAAUGUUUCCACUGGAGCCAGCUCUGGUCAACUUCACCAAGUUCCUGACAGACGGCCAGAAGGACAUUGAGGCCUUCUACCCUCAGAUCGACCAGCUCGACUUCUACAGGUGGAUCGGCUGUGUAGCGGUCUGCUGCAUGGUGGUUCUCAUCCUGGCCUUUAACUUUCUGGGCCUACUCUGUGGAACCUGUGGCUAUGACAAGAACGCCUCCCCCACCACGCGCGGCUGCCUGUCCAACACCGGUGGCAACCUCCUCAUGGCUGGUGUGGGUUUCAGCUUCAUCUUCUCAUGGGCACUCAUGGCAAUCGUGGUGUCCACGUUUGUCGUCGGGGGCAACGUCGAGAAACUGAUCUGUGAGCCAUUGGCCAAUAGAGAGCUGUUCAAGAUCAUUGACACACCAUUCAUGGUGCACCCAGCAAAGAAGAACUUCCUGCCAGGCAUGCUGUUUAAUGACCCAAACAUCGACCUGACCCUCGGCAGCAUGUACAGGGACUGCUACGACAAUAAUGGCCUCUAUUCAUCUCUACAGUUAGAGAAAAAGUUUAACUUCAACAAUUUCCUCAAUGGCACUGUGUACAACCCAGAGCUGGCCAAAGUGUUUAACAGCAUAAGGGUGGACAUGGAGGGCAUAGUGCUGUUGGAACAAGAAGGGAGGGAUAAUCUGCUCAACUUUGCCAACACUGGCGUUGGCGAGAUAGAGUACGAGGACUAUCUGGCUGAGGUGAACAAAGGCGUGACUGUGGUGGAUUUGUUAUCGUUCGCCAACGAACUGGAAGCCCAGGCCGACCAACUGCCUCGAGGAGCACUGGCCAAUGCACUCAAGGGUCACUCCAGCAGCAUCCGACAGAUACACAAGGAGCAGGUGGUGCCAAUGGAGCAAGCCAUGAAAUAUGUGCGCGCUCGGAGUACUCUGAGUUCCAGUAUUCGGCUGCUGGAGAGAACAGCCAAGGAGCUGCCGAAUAAAGUCACCAAUGUGCUGACUGCUAUUGACUCUGCAGAAUACCUCAUCACCAACAAUGGUUCAUAUGUUGUCAAACAGGAGACGGACAAGUUUGUGCAGAGAGUGGUGGGGUAUUUCAAACAAUACACAAACUGGGUCAAACUCUCGCUCGAUGGCGAGGUGGCCCAGUGCAAGCCCAUCAGUAACUUAGUGGACUCCCUGGAGAUCGUAGCCUGCAGCUUCAUAGUGGAUUCUGUGAACACUUUCUGGUUUGGACUUGGUGGAUGCUGUUUGUUCUUAAUCCCAAGCAUCAUUCUGUCUAUAAAGCUAGCCAAAUACUACAGGAGAAUGGAGACAGAAGAUGUUUUCGAUGAUUUGGACUUUGGUAAUAAUGGUUUUCAUAAUGAACACUUGCAAGGCAUUCAUAAUCCAGUCAUGUUCAGCAUGCCAUCUUAUGACACUAUGUGUCGAUACCCCCGAGCCUCGGCCCCUCCUCAGCAGCCUGACUGGUGACCCACCCCUACAGGUCAAACCCGCGUGCAGUUUGGCCACUGAGAGUGGUAAUGAGAACUGGAGCUAAUCUGUCCUCCCUGUGAGUGACGGUGGAGGAAUCACAUUCCAGAGAAAAGAAGAAGAAUGGAAGCUAGCGGGAGAAACUGCAUCAGUGUGACCUCAUCAGAGGUCAUUUCAAAGCAUCUCCUCACUGCUGACAUAACCACUACCCUUACAACCCACCUUCGGUCGCUCCACCCCUCACUCACACCUCCACAGGCCCAGAGAACCCCUCUCUACUCAGAACUGACCAGCUCAGCCCAUCAAGAACCCAGACAAGUCCCUCAGUCCACCAGAACCCUUCACCUCUGGUCAACCACCCUGACCUGUCGUUCUUCAGCAAAGGAAGCGUCUACAAACUGCACAAAUGCCCAUAGUACAUUUCACAAAAAAUGUGUUUGUUUUUGUAUUCCAAACACCGCGAAAGACAGAAUGAACUGACCCACUGAGCGUGACCCUGCAGUUUGAGUGAUGACGAGCUUCCCUCUGUAAUCACGAAUGUAUAUUUCUAUUCAUAUCAGCACUGGCUUUGACCACUACGCACGUGCAAGCCGAAAACCGUGUCACAAAUGUAUGUUUUUUUUUGUAUUUCACUUUCAAAACACUUUUUUGAAAGUUUUAUAUAUAUUUUUGUUAAUACUUUUCUAAACAAUGUUAAUAGUGAAUUCUUUUUUGUGUGUGUGUGCGGAUGUGAUUAUGACUUUAUGAUCAAAUAUGGCCGUAGUCUUAUCCAGUGUGGCACAAGUAGGAAAGAGCAUUGUCAAAAGUAAGUUCAGGUCACUCUCAAACUGACUUACUGUCAGAGACGUCUGAAUAGUGUGUUUUAAUACAGGCUCACAUUCAGAAUGGUCCAUAUUUGCCAUCAUACCUCUUAGUCUUACACUGACAUUAACUCUCAGAGUUUGUACAAAAGGGAUCUUAAACCGUGAUAGGCAAGGGAGCUUGGUAGCUGAAUCAUAAUGAAAAAUGUAAUGAAAAUUGUGACUUUUUUAUGAUUAUUUAUGUCAGUCAGCAUCAACAGUAGGUGUAAGAGUGUAAACACUAGCAGAAAUUUGAUUAGGUGUUAAUUAUUAACCUAUAAACCAGCAUUUAUACAACGUAUACACAAACUCAUUGAUGUAUUAACCUCAUGUCAUUGUAGAGGCCAAACACUGGAUGAGAACGACAGUCCUGGAAGCCAAAACUAGUAGUUGUCAGGAGUAUGAUGAAAGGUACUUUAGUUCAGUAAAGGGUGCGUUAUCAGGUGAUAACCUGCAUUGGCCAUGGUCAUCAGUAUUCAAAUCCAAAAACUACAGCAUAUAUGACAUUCCCAAAAGAUCUUAUUUACAUUUUUUGGUUGACACCUACUUUGAGGGGAAAGCUGUAUGCUUCAUAGAGCCUAGUUAUGAUAUUACGUAGUGUAUGAUUUAGUCUAAAGUGUUAAUGUCUGUCAGAGAGAGACGAUCCAGAUGUUACACACCUCUUGCAUAAUUCCCCCCCAAGUAAGUGUUGCUGUAUUUUUUUUCAGUGUUUCACUGUACUCUUUAUUCGUUUUCUUUUCUCUGUCCUCACGGAGUCAUGUUGCAGUGGUCUGGUAGUGUACCUGGACUACAGGACAGCACUCAGAGGCACGGGACCGUAACGUCAGCACCCCUGGUGUCUGAACAAGGAGGGGCCGCUGAUCAAUGUGAAUAUGAGUCCGCUGGGGGGACAACCACUGAAAUAGCUCUUGAGCAAUUGUGUGGACAUAAAUCAUGA